GUACGUGUGUGUUUCCCAGAGGAUGAAGAGCCAACAGCACACCUCCAAAUACCUGCUGCUACAUGUGUGGUGCGGGUUUCUCACAGUCGCUAUGGGGAUUAUGGUCGCAGUUCUUACAACAGUGCAAAUAAACUCAUCUGACAAGAGUCAUUUACCUGAAUCAAAGGAGGAAAACCAGCCCCCUACAAAUGGCAGUUUUUUGGCUCAAUUGAAUUCAUCAAAGGCUCCCCGUCCCUCUUAUAUCCAGCUGACCAUGGGAACAUUAUCUUGGGAGAAUGACCAUGAUGCCUGUGGCUCUUGCUCCCUCGUCCUCCGCGACAACUCUGUCUACAUCACAUCUGAAGGCUUCUACUACAUCUAUGUCCAGGUCACCUUCACUAGGCACACCGGGGGAGAGGAGAAGAGGAAGGUGACUCUGUUCAAAAAUGGCAUUCAGAAUCAGACCCAGCGAAGGAGACUGAGUGAAGCCGUGUAUCACGGAGAGAAAGAGGGCACUGUAUUCAUGUCCAGGAUGGUUAAGCUCCAACAAGGUAACAGCCUCAGCCUUGAGAUAACAUCCAAGAAUAAUAGCUUUAGGUAUGGAGUAGAGAAUACCCACUGGGGGGCAUUUCAGCUCCCCCCAUAUUGAGCCAACAGACAUUUGUAUUGAGACUUAGUUCAAGAUUGAACCAAAAACAGCUGUUAAAACAUUGUUUUUAAAAAAGUGUGUGGUAGUUACUAAACUGAAUUUAUUUUGUGGAAACUGUAACUGUUAUGCAUAUGCAUUGUAUGUUUUGCUGAACAGAUUUGAUUACACAAUGAGAUAACAGAAUACUUUGUCAAACUAUCUAUUUGUGUGUGUGUGUGUGUGUGUGUGUGUGUGUGUGUGUGUGUGUGUGUGUGUGUGUGUGUGUGUGUGUGUGUGUGUGUGUGUGUGUGUGUGUGUGUGUGUGUGUGUGUGUGUGUGAUUUCUUGUGAUAUUAAUGGUAUCUAUCAUGAUGUGAAUUAGUCGAUGCUAGAUAUUAUAGAUGGUAAAUAGAUUUGAUAUGGAGACAGUGGUCGUGUCUGAAUACCCAUACAACUGUACUAAAUAGUA